UGUGGGUUUGAGCAGCUGGAGGCGCUUGCUGUAGGAGGGAUGAACGUUGCUCGGAUUAACAUGUGCCAUGGCACUCGGGAGUGGCAUCGUAGCGUGAUCGAGCGGGUGCGGAAACUCAAUGAAGAGAAAGGCUAUGCUGUUGCAAUUAUGAUGGACACCGAAGGUAGCGAGAUUCACAUGGAUGAUCUUGGUGGUGCACCGUCCGCCAAGGCUGAGGAUGGUGAGAUCUGGACUUUCAGUGUUCGAGCUUUUGAUUCAGCUCGUCCAGAAUGUACCGUCAAUGUAAAUUAUGAUGGUUUUGCUGAAGAUGUGAAAGUGGGUGAUGAACUUCUUGUGGAUGGGGGAAUGGUGAGGUUUGAGGUGAUUGAGAAGAUUGGUCCCGAUGUCAAGUGCCGCUGUACUGAUCCAGGGCUAUUGUUACCACGUGCUAAUUUAACUUUCUGGCGUGAUGGAAGUUUGGUUCGAGAACGUAAUGCAAUGCUUCCCACCAUUUCUUCCAAGGAUUGGCUGGACAUUGAUUUUGGGAUUACAGAGCGUGUGGAUUUUAUUGCAAUUUCAUUUGUCAAGUCUGCAGAAGUUAUUAAUCAUCUUAAGAGCUACAUUGCUGCACGAUCACGUGACAGUGAUAUUGCUGUCAUUGCAAAGAUAGAGAGCAUAGAUUCUUUGAAGAACUUGGAAGAGAUUAUUCAGGCAUCAGAUGGAGCAAUGGUGGCUAGAGGAGAUUUGGGUGCUCAAAUCCCUUUGGAACAAGUCCCUGCAGCACAGCAGCGGGUCGUUCAGCUGUGCAGGGAGCUAAAUAAGCCUGUCAUUGUUGCUUCUCAGCUGCUCGAGUCCAUGAUUGAAUACCCUACGCCCACCAGAGCCGAAGUUGCUGAUGUUUCUGAAGCAGUCAGGCAGCGGGCAGAUGCUCUGAUGCUUUCUGGUGAGUCAGCCAUGGGUCAAUUCCCAGAUAAAGCAUUAACUGUGCUUAGAAGUGUCAGCCUGAGAAUAGAGAAAUGGUGGAGGGAUGAGAAGCGUCAUGAAGCUAUGGAACUCCCAUACAUUGCUUCAUCUCGCUCAUACAGUGUUUCAGAGGAGAUCUGCAAUUCUGCUGCCAAGAUGGCCAAUAAUUUGGGGGUGGAUGCCAUUUUUGUUUACACAAAGACGGGACACAUGGCGUCUCUCCUUUCACGUUGCCGUCCCGACUGUCCAAUCUUUGCUUUCACUACUGCAACAUCUGUGCGAAGGCGUCUGAACCUACAGUGGGGCCUAAUACCCUUUCGCUUGAGCUUCUCUGAUGAUAUGGAGAGCAACCUUAAUAGAACAUUUUCUUUGCUGAAGGCCAGGGGGAUGAUUCAGUCUGGUGACCUAGUGAUUGCCGUCUCAGAUAUGUUACAAUCAAUUCAAGUGAUGAAUGUCCCCUGAAUUUGUGGUUCUUUACUUAGUGCUUCCAAUUUUUCAGAAAAUAUUUAUUUUUGGUUAUCUGUUACUGUUUUUAGAGAGUUAUUAAUCACAGCAAUCAACUAAAGAUGGCAGCUCAGCAGUUUGGUUCCUGCUAGAAACCAAAAGAGAGGAUUAGUCUUGGUGUUCACUAUGUCAACUCUGCUGAGGCUGCUCAAUCUUAGAUUGACCAAAAGCCCUUCCACAUGUGCUUCUACGGCAAUUUGGGGGGGGAAAGCCUCAGUUUUACUCUUCAUUCCAGCCUUUUAAUGUUUGCAAUUGUUUUUGUAAAUAUCAUCUGAAAGAGUAGAUCUAUUUAAUGAUUUGUUUCUGUUUCUCUCA